CACCACCGUGAUGUUGAUUUAGUGUUUGACGAUAUCUCGUCGCCACUGUCCAAUAAGGCUAUCGGUGAAGAGCGCCAAUCGCACUCCUCAGGUAGCAAACGCAGCACCACUAACAAAAACGUCGAGGAGGAUAGUCUCUUCGACCUGGGCGGCUUUGAUAACAACAAUGUUGCGAUCGCCGAUGACGAUACAGAAGACGAUGACAGCGAUGACGAUGACGACGUCGAAGAGGCUGGAAAGGAAGUGGCGGCGCCAGAAGCUGAAAGUCAGAAUUGGCUGGUGCGAAGUGUACACAGAAUCAAGCGCAGCAUUGAUAAUCUAUUAAGUGGGCCUGAAAAGAGCGUCAAACCAGCAAAGAAGAAGAAGCAGAAGAAGAAUCCUAAGAAACCACUUAAUGGUAGUAAAAAGGAACGCAGCGGAGAUUUAAAUGCAAGCAAGAAGAGUGACAAGAAGAGCCAGAAAAGUGAGAAACAAAAAAGUGAAAAUCUGAGAAAAUCGGCCCGUUCCGAAAAGAACAAAAGGUGGCAAGGUGAUGAAGCACUUCGACCGAAGAGACAGUUCGACGAAUCUGCGUAUGAUGAUGAAGACAGAAUGUCUGGCUCAGGCGGCAUGCCGGACGGGCUUGGAUUCGAUCAUGCAUAUAAACUGACCUUGACGGUUUUUGAGGCCUAUGACCCAGAGUUUGAGAAUAAGGAAAGCAAUCAAUUCAAACAGGUGGCGCGAGGUGUUGCCGGAAAGCUACAUGCCCUUCUAAGUGAUAUCGACUUCACUGCCAACUUUGUAAUCACUGUCCAGGAGCUAGAACCGAACCCAGACGAUGAGCGCGAAACGUUCGUAACGUUCGAGAUUAACGUGGAUAAGAGUUUGAGUAGAUCUACAAUUGAUAGUCAUCUCCGCACAGUUAUCGAACAGGGCUACGAGAAUUUCGAUUUGAAAGGAUACGGUCUUACGUCCGAAGGUAAAUUUCGCUAAACUAUGUAUUAUUAU